AUGUCCCAAAUAUCGAUUCUCAAUCUGCCGCCCGAGAUUCUCAACCAGAUCUUCUGGAUCUGCGUGGAAAACUCGCAACACACCCUCACCGCCAUUCUCCUUACCUGUCAGCAGUUCUACCGCCUCUCCCUUCCCAUUCAGUAUCACGAUCUCAAGUUUCUUUCCCCUGCCAACCACGAGUCAUAUGCCUCCGAUGUCCUCACUUGGUGUCGCGCGGUCCGCACCCUGAAGAUUUGGGGUGUCGCAUUCCUCGCGCCUAAGAACAGGACAUGCUCACGGACCAAAGCCAAGUCGGGCCAGAUCAUUGACCUCAGUCGAUGGGAAAUUCUUAAAUAUGCUCUCCGGCAGCUCCCUGCCCUGCGACGAAUCGAGAUGGCUACUGAACCGGAUUCCCCCGUCCAUGGGUUUGAUUGUCGCUUCGAUUGUCGGCUACAGGGGUACUGGGAGCUACAAACAUUGCCGGGCACUGGCACGGAAGUUUUUAAAGCGACCAACGAGAGGGCGCGCAAGUGUGGUGAUGCAAUACAGAGUGAUGUGAUCGAGCCACGUCCCAUCCCCGGCGACCCGGUCGACUUUUGCAUCGCAUUUGGGUCGGGAUACGCGACUAAGAUGGCCGCGGAAGCAAUCGUCGACGCAAACAUAAUCAACGCCUGGUUGAAGGCGCAUCCGCACGUGCUACGACGUAUAAUUCUUGGGCAUUCCCCACUGACCGCCGAGUUUCACGCGGCGCGCUGGCGCACGGUCUCCUGUCCCGAAUCGCAGACACGAACAUGCUCUUCUGGCCGCGGGUUUAUUCCUCCCUCGACGAUAGCCGAGCGACUCCUGAGCCCAACCGUACACACGUUUGUCUGGGACCUGUCCUUUUACGAGAUGGCAUGCGAGGACUUCGGGGAACGGGAAGAGGACUGGCUGCGGAAAAUGGCCGGAUUCAUUGUCGCCGCCGCUCCGCCGGCGCUGCGGACGAUCCAGCUCGACUUCGACCCCGACCCGCAUCAUUUCCUGCCCACCGACCCGGAGGAGUAUCCAUGGGACCGAAUCACACGCUUGGAGCAGGAGCUGCGGAUUGUCGAGACCCAACCCAUAACCGCAUCUGAUCAGGUGACCCAAAUCAACCUGCUGUCCACUCCUAAGCCCACCAACCCCGAGGCUGUCGAGAGCCGCCAUGAGAAUGAGGAUACCGUGACGACCGUGUCAGAUGCUCCAUUAGCGGACUCGGGAACUGGAGCAACGCCACUGCCGCUGACCGACCUGGACCAAGGCAUUGUCGGGUGGGAUAGCCAAGAAGACCCGUCGAUGCCCCUGAACUUUCCUCAAGCCCGCAAGUGGAUUCUUAUCAGCCAGGUGUCGGCAAUUACCUUCAUCUCUCCCUUGGCUACGACCAUUGUGGCCCCAGCCGCCUCGUAUAUCGAUGCCGAUCUCGACAAUUCGAGUGCGAUUCUGUCCAGCUUUGUGACCUCGAUCUAUCUCUUAGGCUAUGUGGUCGGACCACUGCUCUUAGGCCCGGCCAGCGAGAUCUGGGGUCGACGUCCGGUGAUGUCGGCGGCGAACUGGUCGUUUGUGGUGUGGCAGGUGUGCUGCGCCCGCGCGCCUACAAUAAGCGCGUUGAUCGGGUUCCGCUUCUUGGCCGGAAUCGGCGGGGCAGGGUGCAUGACGCUCAACGGCGGGGUGGUGGCCGAUCUGUUCGUGCCGGAAGAGCGGGGCGGGGCCAAUGCGAUCGCGGCGGUGGGCGUCAUCUUCGGCCCGGUGCUCGGCCCCAUCUGCGGGGGGUUCAUUGCCGAACGGGCCGGUUGGCGCUGGGUGUUCUGGACGCUCUGCUGCGCUGGCGGGGUGAUCAGUGCCGCCAUCGAGGUCUUCAACCGAGAGAGCUACGCCCCCGUGCUGAUUGCCCGCAAGACUGCGCGCCUGGCCAAGACGCUGGGGCGUUCGGAUCUACAGUCCGCCUACGAGAGCCAAGAUGGGCCGAGUCACAGCAACAGCAGCGCCUGGCGCCGGAUGCAGCGCGAUCUAACGCGCCCCCUGCGGAUGCUCUUCCUCUCGCCCCUCGUGGCGCUGUUCUCCACCUACAUGGCUCUGGUCUACGGGCUCUUCUACCUGCUCCUGACGACCAUCACCACCGUCUACCAGGACACCUACCACUGGUCGCCGGAGCUCACGGGGCUCGCCUAUCUGGGCCCCAGCCUGGGAUUCCUGGCGGGUCUGCUGAGCAUCGCCACCACAAGCGACCGGCUGAUCGUCACGUUGACCGCGCGCAACGGCGGUGUCUACGAGCCCGAGAUGCGCCUGCCCUUCAUGGUGGUCUUCGGCCUCCUGAUCCCCGGCGCCCUCUUCUGGUAUGGGUGGACGGCCGACCGCGCCGUCUUCUGGCUCGUGCCGCUGCUCGGCCUCGUGCCCUUCGGCUUCGGCAUGCUGGGCAUCUUCUUCGCCAUCCAGAUGUACAUGAUCGACGCCUUCCCGCGCUACGCCGCCUCCGCCAUGGCCGCCGUCACCGUCUCCCGCUCGCUCCUCGGCGCCCUCCUGCCGCUGGCCGGCCCCCCGCUGUACGACCGUCUGGGCCUGGGCUGGGGCAACUCCCUGCUGGGGUUCAUAGCGCUGGCCAUGGUCCCCGUGCCGUAUUAUUUGUUGAAGAUGGGACGGUCCAUUCGGUUGAACCAUCCUAUUGAACUGUGA